AUGGCCACCCUGCGUCUUCUGCCUGGAUUCCAAACAGUCCGAGUGGGAAGACACUCACUCCUCUCCAGGACACCCCUCGUCUCGGUCUCGGGUGUUCAGGCACGCCCCCUCUUGGCCCGAUCUCCCCCUCCUAUCAAUAAAUCAAUCACACAAAGAUCCUACUCCACCUCAUUACCACCAGGAUCAUCAACAGUAGCAACCACUACCACUACCACCACCAAUACCACAGCAGUCUCCGAGAUACCCAAGAAACUGAGCAAGUUCCGCCAGUACGCCGAGCAGUUCAAGAACAAACCCGCAAGUCAUCUCAUUUCCUUUGGCAUCCUACACGAGAUCACCGCAAUUGUGCCCCUGCCAAUCGUAUACUUUGCACUGGUCGAGACAGGUAUCAAGAUACCAUUCCCGGAACAAGCGAUCGAGGAAGGGAACCGGUUCGUAGGCCGUGUUGUCAAGUAUUAUGGAUGGGAUUUGGAAGGUACUGAUGGGGCUAGGACUAUGCUCAACAUGGCUACCAGUUAUGCCGUUGUCAAGGCGUUGAUACCACUGAGAUUGGCGCUGUUUCAAGUUUCCCUUUAUCCUAUGACCGUCAUGCCUGCUCCUAUCUCAGCAACCACUCCCGCCACCAUCUUGGUCAAUGUCCCCUCGAGACCCUCGAUCCGUUCAGGAUCUCCACUCUCCUCGGUUAGCUCGGCAGAUACCGUCUCCUCCACCACAACCACCCCUGCCAAUGAAGUCGUCUUCCGCCACGGCAGGGUCGAGGAUGCCACCUUGAUGACUGAGAUGCAGUUUUCCAACUACCAGCACCACUACCGCAAGAUCCUCCCCAGCUCCUUCCUUGAUAACCUGAACCACGAGGCUAUGACUGACUUUCAUGCCAAGAGAAUGACCCCUCCGGUCGACGAGCGAGAGAUGGCCUACGUGAUCGCCGAGAGACGAAACGCCGAGACAGGAGUUCUCGAACCCAUCGGCAUGUCGCAAUCCAUGGUCCCUUGGUGGGACCGCGCCUACAACCAUCGCUGGAAUGAGGGCUGGUCUCAGGAGAGCUUUGACUGCGAGAUCGACACUCUUUAUGUCAAGAUAGGUAUUCAAGGUGGCGGAAUCGGUCGGAAGCUGGUCUUGGGCGCCUUACAGGAAGCCUAUGAUCGCUUCAACAUGAGAAAAGGGGUUAUUAUCUGGACCCUUGUUGCAAACACUCAGGCGAGGGACUUCUAUAUGCGCAUUGGGUGUGAGGAGGCUGGGUUCCGGACUCUGGAUCUGAUCGAUUACCCUGCCGAGUGUGUUGGGUAUGCCUUCCGAUCUGUUGGUGAGGCCAUUGGCAAGUGA